GCGGUGGCUGAGGCGGCCGCCGAGGAAGCGAGCAGCGAACAGUGAGUGGCGUUCACACUCCGGCCACCAUGAGCACCAAGCAGGUCACUUGCAGAACUGGGGAUUGAACUCAGGCCCUUGCACUUGCCAGGUACUUCAUGCAUGGAGUGUGCCGAGAGGGCAACCAGUGCCUGUUCUCACAUGACCUGGCCAACAGCAAGCCGUCCACCAUCUGCAAAUACUACCAAAAGGGCUGCUGUGCCUAUGGGACACGCUGCAGGUACGAUCACACAAGGCCCUCAGCUGCAGCUGGGGGGGCUGUGGGCCCCCCACCCCCGACUCGGCCCUCUACAGCCUUCCCGUGUCCUCCCCUGCCUUCUGAUCUCACCACAGCUGCCAUAAAAAUACCAUCCAGAGAGCCUGGGCGUCGGGAGAAGAGGACGCUGGUGCUCAGAGACCGGAAUCUCUCCGGCCUGGCUGAAGAAAAAACAACCCCAGGCAUGGCUCCAAGUCACCCAGUUGGCUACAGCGACCCCCAGCCUGGCCCCGAGAUGAAGCCCCAUUCCUAUCUGGAUGCCAUUAGGAGUGGCCUUGAUAGUGUGGAGGCUGGCAGUUCCUAUAGCAGUGAGCAUCAACUGUGCCCAUACGCUGCAGCUGGCGAGUGCCGCUUUGGGGACACCUGUGUCUACCUGCAUGGGGAUAUGUGCGACAUCUGCAGGCUCCAAGUUCUGCACCCUUUUGACUCAGAGCAGAGGAGAGCUCAUGAGAAGGUCUGCAUGGCAACCUUUGAGUUCGAGAUGGAGAAAGCCUUUGCCUUCCAGGCGAGCCAGGACAAGGUGUGCAGCAUCUGCAUGGAGGUGAUCCUCGAGAAGGCAUCGGCCUCUGAGAGGAGGUUUGGGAUCCUGUCUAGCUGCAACCACACCUACUGCCUGUCCUGUAUCCGCCAGUGGCGCUGUGCCAAGCAGUUCGAAAACCAGAUCAUUAAGUCUUGUCCAGAAUGCCGAGUAAUAUCUGAGUUUGUCAUUCCAAGUAUGUACUGGGUAGAAGAUCAGAAUAAAAAGAAUGAGUUGAUUGAAGCUUUCAAACAGGGAAUGGGAAAAAAAGCCUGCAAAUACUUUGAGCAAGGCAAAGGGACCUGCCCAUUUGGAAGCAAAUGCCUCUACCGCCAUGCUUACCCUGAUGGGCGGCUGGCAGAGCCUGAUAAGCCCCGGAAACAGCUCAAUUCUGAAGGCACUGUAAGGUUCUUUAAUUCAGUGCGGCUCUGGGAUUUUAUCGAGAACCGUGAAACCCAUCAGGUCCCCAGCACAGAAGAUGUGGAUGUGGCUGAGCUUGGGGACCUCUUUAUGCACCUUUCUGGAGUGGAGUCGCUGGAACCCUGAAGGCAGCAACUGCCCUGCACCU